AUGAUAAAAAUGUGGAGGUUACAGAUUGUACUGGUGCCGCCAAGUGCUCAAGAUAUUAUCACAUUUCUCGAAGCACGCUUGAAUACUCCACAAUCAGUGUCUCCUAUGGUCCAGUAUAAUGAAGAUAUAAUUACGCACAACAACAGUAUCAAUAACUGUAGCGACCCCUCUCCUACGAGCCCGUCUUCGCAAAAUUCUAUUCAGUCGAAUCGUAGUAGUGAUUUCAUUAACUACCUCCCGAAUUGUAAAAAGUUUUUACAUUUUACGGACGGUGACAAUACCCUUUUACAACUAUCUAAUGAAAUUUUAACUAAAUUUGAUAGACUUUAUCCAAAUUUCAAAGAAUCCAUUGAAAUCGUAUCUCUACAAGAUAGGCAUGGUUGUGAUUUGGACUCUGAAUUUAUAAUAAAAGACGUAUUUGAAAAUGAUGGUGUGGUUUUGGUAAUUUUAAAAGAUGAAUUAGACUGGAGUAGAAAUCAACAUAUUUCACUUUUACAAUUGGCAAGACAGCGGAGACGGCAGGACAACAAGCCAUCCACAAAAUCCAUCGUUACUGAAAAGAGAAAAAAGAUCUCUAAGGAAGACUUAUCUUCUAUAUCAAAUAAAGAUACAAUGCAUCUAAUAGCUAAAAGCUCGCUCAAGAAUAACUUCAUUAAUAAAUCAAGAGUAUCAACGCCGCUAAUGAACGAAAUUCUACCGCUUGCAAGCAAGUAUGAUGCACUGAAUAAAGAAAAGUGUCCCAUGCCACUUACUUCCACAGUAGUGGCAUCAAAUGUACACAAAGACGUAAAAGAUCACGCUCGUGCUAAAGAGGGAGUUGUAACGCAAGGGAGUGAUAACAAUAAAGAAAAUAUACCUUCAUCCACUCAACAACAGAAAAAUGAUGGCGCUAAAAGGGCCGAAUCAAAGGAUUUAGAUCUUUUACGCAAUUCGUCAGAAGAUGCUGAUUAUGAACCCGCAGAUGAAAACUCCCCUCAAAUUUCGUUUGAUUCGAUUGAUACCGACUUCCAAUUGAGCACUACUUCUCAUACUAAUUCUGAUAUGCAUAUACAAUAUUCUAACCCCUCUAGUGGUGCUCAUAGUCCCAGGAAGAGUUCCUUAGAAAUUAAAGUUCAAAACAAAAAAGGUGAUGAUCUGCCAUUGAACGACAAAGAUAUAGGUGAGAAUUGUAGAAGGAUAGAAGCAUUUUCAGAUGAAGAGGAUUUUAAUGAAACCGAUAAUGAUCGUGCGGAUUCGUUUAUCAACAAUUCUAAGAAGGCAUCGAUGGGAUUUCGGGAUAUCAAUUCCGACUUGGAUAGCGUUUCAUUCAACAGUGAUAUUGAAAAUGCAGUACAAAGUACUCAAAGUACCAAAAAUGUUGUUUCUCCUCCCUUUUUUCCUGAAAAAGAAUUGAAUAAUCGGUUACAUCAAAGUCAAGGUAAGGAAGCCCUAUUUCGACUUGUUGAGAAGGAGUUUCCUGAUAAAUCAUUGGGUGCUGCGUCAUCUACUUCGCAUGCAAAAGACGUAAAAAUACAAGAAACUAUUCGGAAACUAAAUAGGUUCAAGCCAACUGGGGAAACUAAGGUCCAAAAAAGGAAUAGUAUUACGGAACCAUAUUACGGAAAAUUUGGAAUAAUGAAGAAAGAUAAACCCAAAUCCAUAACUUCAAAAGGGGUAAGUCUGGAAACAAAGCACUUUGAUGAUCCCAAUACCAUUAUUUCCGGUGAGAAAUUCGCAAAAUUUGGUAAAAUAAAAGUGAAACGAAAAACUGAUGAUGUUGGAUCGAAAGUUAUAGAGUUUAAAAGAAAAAGAAAUAUGGGGAAUAGAUCCCUAAAAGAUAUUUUUGCCAAUGCUGGGAAACCGCCAAAUGCAGCUUCGACCAUAAAAGUAGUCAAAUUAAUGAGAGAUCCUGUUGAUAAUAGUAAAGACAAAGUGGAGGCAACUUCUAAUAGUACGGCUCAGGAACAAGAACAAGUCUCACCCAAGUUGCCAGUUAUGAAUUCAACUCCUGGAAAAAGAAAAAAUGGCCAAGCGAUACCGUCCAGUUUAGAAAGAACACCGCAGCUCAAGAAAGUCAAGGUUACCAGGUCGCAUUCUUCACCUUCUUCUUCUUCUUCCAUGUCACUUGAAUCUUCAUUGGAUAGCUCUUCCUCAGAUGAUUCGGAUGAUGAUUCUGAUUCGAGGAACGUGCAAGUUAAAAAAAUUAAUUUCAAAACAAGUCAUGGACCAGCUGGAAAUUCUAAUGGAAAACCAAUGCUGGAUGUGGAUGACAAUGAAAUAAAUACAAAGAAGUACCAAACACCUAAAUAUGUUGAAAGUGAUGAAGACGACCAGUAA